AUGGCCAACAUAGUCAACUUUCCUGUGUCUGUGGAUCACUCUAUGGAGGCGCUCCCUGCGACCUCCCGCAUUCGCCAGAUCUAUCCCGAGGACCUGUUCCCGAAUGGAAACUAUGCUCAACUUCCCUAUGGCCGCGUUCGGUACUGGCUCCUAGGCCCCGAGGACGGCACCAAGGUCGUGCUCAUCCACGGGAUCUCCACACCUGGAGUGACUUGGAAAGAGAUCGCACCCUACCUCGCGGAGCACGGCUUCCGCGUCCUCGUAUAUGAUCUGUACGGAAAGGGCUACUCUGAAGCCCCGAAGACGGCCUUCGAUGCGACGCUGUUCGUCGUCCAGCUUGCCCUCUUGCUGCAGUACAUUCGCUGGGACGCCGCCCACAUCGUCGGCUUCUCCAUGGGCGGCGGCGUCGCCGCCUCAUUUGCAGCGUCCGUGCCGCAUCUCGUCGCAGGCAAGGUCGUGUUCAUAGCUGCUGCCGGCUUGCUCACGCGUCUUAGUGCGCCGAAUCCUAGCGCACGAGUUCCGAUUCCGGAGCAUUUAGAGCUCCGCGAUCUGCAGAGCAGCGCGCUCCCCGGGUACAAGCGCAGCCUCCAAUCGUGCGUCGACGUCGGGCCUAUCCGCGGGCUGGAGGCUGCAUACGAUGCUGUCUCCAAGGUCGCAGCCGGCCCCGCGCAGGAGCCGCUGCAAGUACUCGUCAUCCAUGGCACCGACGACGCCAUCGUGCCUUACGAAGAGGCGAACAAGAUCAAGGGACGGGUGCCGCAGGCCGAGAUCGUGCCUAUAGAGGGCGCGACGCAUAGUUUGGUGCUGCAGGAGGGCCAUUGGCAGAUCGUGGCGGAGAACCUGGCCCGGUUCUUGAAGUAG